AUGGAAUCCCUCCACACACCCCCCGAAACCUCCUCCUUCGUCCUCCUCGCCGAUCACCAAGCGCGCACGCCCUCCUCCUUCCACUCCGGCCCGCCAGUCCUCCACUACCACAGCAAAUCAUGCAAGCUCGUCGUUCAGGACUCUGAUCUGGCAGCUUCUCCUGCGCUGGGUGCUCUUCGCGGUCAGGCCGCAGCCGGCGCAGCAGGAGUGAAUGGGUCCACCUCCGAAGGCGAAAACCAGCUGGUGAUCGAGGGAGUGGACGUGUGGGUUACGUCCGAUAAAUUCCUCCUGUACAACCCUACGCCCGCCGUCUCCGCCGGCGUCGCCAUUCCCUACCCGUCCAUCUCGCUACACGCCAUCCAGCGCCUGCGCCUGCCCACAGACUCAGAAUCCGAAGUCCAGGGCCUGUACAUGCAGAUCGCGAUGCCCCCAUCGCAGCAAGCCGUCGACGACGAGGAGGAGUGCAUCACCAUGACAGUCGUUCCGUCCACUCCCACGCCCACACCUACCCCAUCCACCACGGAAGAAACGCCCAGCACCUCCGAAGAACAAGAACCCGAGUCCCCCAUUCAAAAACUCUACGCCGCCGUAUCCGCCUGCUCAAACCUGCACCCGGACCCCGUCGAACCAGGCGACGAAGAGGACGACGACGAAGACGAAUACGACGAGGGUCUACUGUCAACGGGCCUCGUCUCAGCGGGCAACGCGCAAGGCGGCAUGCCGCCUCCGAUGGACGGCAGCUCGGGGUGGAUUACGGCGGAGAACAUGCAUGAGUUUUUCGAUGAGGAGGGGAAUUGGAUUGCGGGGGGUGAGGAGCCUUCUUUGCCUUUGGGGCCUGGGGCUGGGUCGGUGAGGCAGAGGGGGGAGGGAGGGGAGGAUGAAGAGAUGGGGGAUGUUGGUGGGGAGCGCGGGGAGGAUGAGGGUGGGGAGGAGACGAAGUGGAGGAGGACGGAUUAG